CUUCCACGGUGACUGACCAUCUCUUGCACAGCCGGGGGGUCGGAGCACAUGCGGAGCAGCAGCAGCCUGAUUCCAAUGGCCUCACCCCGAACUAUAACCAUAGUGGCCCUCUCGGUGGCCUUGGGGCUCUUCUUUGUCUUUAUGGGGACCAUCAAACUGACCCCAAGGCUUAGCAAGGAUGCCUACAAUGAGAUGAAGCGUGCCUACAAGAGCUAUGUGAGGGCGCUGCCCAUGCUGAAGAAGAUGGGGGUCAGCUCCAUCAUUCUCCGUAAGAGCAUUGGCGCUCUCGAGGUAGCAUGUGGGAUUGUCAUGACCCUGGUUCCAGGUCGCCCCAAAGAUGUAGCCAACUUUGUGCUGCUGCUGCUUGUUCUGGCUGUGCUUUUCUUCCAUCAACUAGUGGGUGACCCACUCAAGCGCUAUGCCCACGCCUUAGUCUUUGGGAUCCUGCUCACCUGCCGCCUGCUGAUCGCACGCCAGCCCGAGGACCAUCCACCGGAGAAGAGGACCAUGACAGUGAAUGGGGAAGAGCAGCUGUUGCUGGCAGAUACAGCCCCAGAGAAGGGCAAAAUCAAGGUGUCCUAGUGGGUGCCUUUGUAAGGGACAUAUGGACCCUCUCUCUGCAAAACACCUAAAACAGAGCAAUGUGUUUCUUUUUGUCCUUUAUUGAUUGGUUGGUUUUGGAAAGGGUUCGAUUUUGGAGCAUGGGGAAAUCCUUCAAUUAGCCAGUUAAAUUUCAACCUGGCUUAUGCACUCUGAAUCUCUAGAGCUGCCCUCUGCUAUAGCCAUCCGCCUCCCGCCCACAAGUGUGUCGUCAUCAUUUAUUGGGUCUAAAAAGAAAUAAGUGUCUCUUGUAUUGAGUGUGUAAGUGUCCACGUGCAUCUAUGUAUCUGUGUGCAUGUGUGAAAGGGGUGGACAGCUGAAUUGCUUUGCCCAAAUUGCCCCUGUGCCAAACUGCAUUCCUUCAGGGGCAGAAAGACUGGGAAGAAAGUUCCCAAUACAGUCCUUGCUCAUUCACCUUCCUGAUUCACCUACGCCAAGCAGUGCAUGCAUCUACCCUUUUUCAGCAGACAAUAAAGGAUGUUUUACAGACAAUAAUAAAUCCAUCAGGCCUCUUCCCUCCCAAGUCUGUCUGUGUGGCUGCUGGCAAAAGAUCAGGGACUGCUCACUGCCUGUCCCAUAUAAAUCUGCUUCUUUGGCCAUCCACUCACUCUGAUUUACAAGAGUCACAGAUUACUCUAAGGUGAUGCUAACAGUGCAAUCAAUUUUCUAUUCUGCAUAGGUCUAUCUUAAGCCAAGACAUUGCGAGAUCUCUGUUAACGAGAGGUUUUUAUUGUUCAGCUUGGGGUGCAUAUGAAAGGCAAGUCUCAAC